UGACGAUGACGGACGAUUCAACGGAAAGUGAACUCCCGGGGUGGUGAGCACCAUCAUCCUGGGGAGGGGAAAUCGAAGGGUUUACUCCUUGUAGUUUUGCGGAACUAUCUGAGACCCCCUCGGCCCCCACCCCUCCGCCACGCCGUCAUGCCUUAGACCGGAACGGCGUGUACAUGAAGCCUAGCAGGGAGCGUGGCGCCGAGGAAGAGGGCUGGUUGUGACCGACCGAAAGAGGAUGUACUGGGCUGCUGGCUUCGCCUCUUCCCGGCCGUGCGUGGUGGAUCUCGGGCGGAAUCACAGCCUCCCCCUGGGGCUGUGUGUGUCCGAGCAACCGCAGUCCUUGUAUGGAUAUAUCAUCGCCUUCCCUUUGCAGGACUACGGUGGUAUCAUGACGGCUCUGGGCUCGGACUCCUGGUGGAAGAAGACCCUCUACAUCACAGGGGGGGCCCUCCUGGCCGCCGCAGCCUACCUCCUGCACGAGCUGCUUGCCAUCAGGAAAGAGCAGGAGUUGGACUCCCAAGAUGCUAUCAUCCUCCAUCAGUUCUCCAGACCAAAGAACGGUGUCCCCAGCCUCUCACCUUUCUGCCUCAAAAUAGAGACUUAUUUGAGAAUGGUGGACUUGCCCUACCAGAACUAUUUUGAUGGAAAGCUGUCACCACAAGGCAAGAUGCCUUGGCUGGAGUACAACUACGAGCAGGUCUCAGGGUCAGAGUUCAUCGUCGACUUCCUGGAGGAGAAGCUGGGAGUCAACCUCAACCACAACCUCACACCGGAGGAGAGAGCCGUGUCUCGAGCUGUCACCAAAAUGGUUGAAGAACAUCUGUAUUGGACGAUCGCCUACUGUCAGUGGGUGGACAACUUAGAGGAGACCCAGAAGCUCCUGGCCAUGAGUGGACCCCUUAGCGAUGCACUAAAAUGGCUGCUGACCCGCCUGAACGGCAGCAUGGUACGCAGGGAGAUGUACGGCCACGGCAUCGGACGUUUCUCCAAGGAGGAAGUCUACGCCUUGAUGGAGAAGGACAUGAGGACACUGGCCACACUGCUGGGAGAUAAGAAAUACUUUAUGGGCUCCAAGAUAUCCACAUUAGAUGCCACUGUGUUUGGACAUCUUGCUCAGGCCAUGUGGACUCUGCCCGGUACGAGACCAGAACAACUCAUUAAAGGGGAAUUGAUCAAUUUAGCCAUGUUCUGCGAGCGAAUGCGAAGGAGAUUCUGGCCUGAAUGGUUCGUGGAGGUGGAGGACCUUUACUAUGACGGAGACAGCGAGAUUAGCGGCGGCACACCAUCGGCGACCGGUCUGUUGGACUUUGGGCUCUUCUCCAGGACUGACACUCUGGAUGACAGCGACGCCAGCAGCCGCUCGGCGGGACACACGCACACACACACGCCCCUCUCUGACCACUCACUAUUUGACUCAGAUGUGGGCACGGCGUCAGACAAUGAGACCCAGCUCAAGGAGGACGUGAUGCCCGACCUGGAGGUUUGAUGUGACGAUGGCUGACAGGUGGAGGCUGACUGGAGAGCGGAGCAGCUGCCACCACAGCCUGCUGAGUGCAGAACAACAGAGUCAUUGUUCAGACACUGUCUUGUCUACCCGACAUGUUACAGCUUCCCUUUUGGACGGAGUGGGUAUUGAAAUGAACAGUACCAUAACUGAAUCUCUAAUUUUGCAUUUCACCGCCCGGUUUGUUCUUUCCCAAAAUGUCACAACUAUCACGGUGGCAUUUUGUCUCUGCCUUAUUUGUGUGGUCUCGUGAUGCAGAAGGUGCGUGACAUAAGCAACAGCUCGGGUUGGUGCAGGGAUAGUGUCUAUUUUACCAGUUGUCUUAAACUCGUUCAAACAAAUGGAGAUUGAUCAUGUGGCUAAAAUGAGUCACUGCUCCGCCUCAGCUCUUUCGAUUCAGAGAUUACAUUUUAUCAUGCUCGUUCUUUUUGGCUUUUAGACAUGGAAAGACUUUAUGUACAUAUCAUACAUACUGUAUAUGCAUGUCAACAUCAAAUGUCAAUCAAGACUGAACUCCUUUGCUGGCUGGUUGAUUGGAAAUUCUACGAACAGCAUCUUUGUGCCUGUUACAUUUAUUUUCUAUUGGGUUGUUUGUUUCAUGUGUUACAUUAGAGCUUUUGGUCAUUUGUGUCGCACAUGAACAGGGUGGUUGUAGUUAAUAAAAUUGACCACCAGGUGGCAAUCGCACCUCGCCAUGAGUGAAAGCCUGCAGGCAAAACAGCAUUGUGGGUACCGUUCAGGACAGAGGCAUACUCGAUUUUCAUCGUUAGUGGAAUACUUGCAUACAAUUAAGUGAACUAUAGUUCAGCCUUCCUGCUUGACUCAAAAACAUGGUUGUUUGUUUUCUUUAUAUAUUGUGAGUGUGUGAGGAAAAACAUCUAUUUGUAUUAGUCUUAUAUUUCUUACGGUUAAAAGAGAAAUUAUUUUUUGCACUGGUAAAAAUUUAUUUUCAUCUUAUUUUUAUGUAUGUGAAAGCUUGGGGAAUAGGAUAUUUGAGUAGAAAAAGACUAAAAAAACGAAAACUUAAAGAACGUUUAAGUAGUGUCGGUGCAGUGAGGGCACAGUGCUACUAAAACCUGUUCUGUGUAAAUAUCCUCAACCAACCAGUUGAUGGAAAACGUCGGCUUGGAUGCACUCAGGAUUCCAAACAGCUUAUGUGAAAAUAACACAUUUGGCUAAUGUCAAACAUUUGUGAUGUUAAGUAAAAGACAAGUGUACCACUGUGUUCGAAAGAUGUGCAUUAUCCAAUAACCUUUUUUUUCAGCCGUUUUUCAAACAUAUUUGAAUCCUAACUCAAUGUGCUGCUGCGAAAACGCUACUUUCAUAUUUAACUCCCCUGAAGCGUCACAUUCGGUUGCUGAAAGGUAACAAAAACAGUGAAGAAUUUGCAGUGGUGAAUGUUGAUGCCAACGACUGCAAAGAUAUACCCCUCAGAAGUCACUUGAGGUGCAUCUAUAUUUUACGCCACGGCAAAAUUAAUUGACUUUAAUGUUAACCUUGGCCUUGUAGCCUCACUGAAGUUGGACUGAGGAUAAUAUCUCAACGUGGAUGCAGAGCUUUGUGUUUAGUGACAAAGCACGCAAGACGAACAUUUCAAGAGCUGGGUAGACAGAAAAAAGGCAAACGUAACCGACUUCUGUCAUGUUGUCCUGUGCUUUGUCCCCUUGAAACGCUUCCUUCGGUUGAACUGCUUUUGACCAAACCAUAUAAAAAGUAAAUGUUUGAAACCAUGUCAUCUCUGCCGGUUUAAUGUAAAUAUUGUGUGUGUUACAAACUGUAUCAUAUAUGUAGAGCAGAUUUGUCGAUCACAUUGUAGUCAUAAAAUGGCUCGACUGGCUUAUUUCAAUAAAAAGCGUUGACAAUUUGAA